AUGGCGAUGCGUUGGGGCUGGGCGCAUCAAGUCCUGAGCGAGCUGGGUCCCGGGCUGCCCGUGGCCGACAGGGCCCCCCCCGGCUCCUGGAGGCAGAAGUGCGCGGCCUACGUGCUGGCCCUGCGGCCUUGGAGCUUCAGUGCCUCCCUCACGCCCGUGGCGCUCGGCAGCGCGCUGGCCUACCGGGCCCAAGGAGCCCUGGACCCGGGGCUGCUGGUGGGGAGCGCCGUGGCCGUCCUCGCUGUGCACGGAGCCGGCAACCUGGUGAACACCUACUACGACUUCUCCAAAGGCAUCGACCACAAGAAGAGUGAUGACAGGACGUUGGUGGACCAGAUUUUAGAGCCGCAGGAUGUGGUCCGGUUCGGAGUCCUGCUCUACACCGUGGGCUGCAUCUGCGCUGCUGGGCUCUACUGCGCCUCCACGCUCAAGCUGGAGCACCUGGCCUUGAUCUACUUCGGGGGACUCUCCAGCUCCUUCCUGUACACUGGAGGAAUUGGAUUUAAAUAUGUUGCACUUGGAGACGUGGUGAUCCUGAUCACCUUUGGGCCCCUGGCUGUCAUGUUUGCCCAUGCUGUGCAGGUUGGUUAUCUGUCUGUGUCGCCACUGCUCUACGCUGUCCCACUAGCUCUCAGUACCGAGGCCAUCCUGCACAGCAACAACACGCGGGACAUGGAGUCUGACCAGCAGGCGGGUAUUGUCACCCUGGCCAUCCUCAUCGGCCCUGCCUUCUCCUACGUUCUCUACACUGUGCUGCUCUUCUUGCCCUACCUGAUUUUCUGUGUGCUGGCCACGCGCUACACCAUCAGCAUGGCAUUGCCACUUCUCACCAUCCCAAUGGCGUUUUCCCUGGAGAGGCAGUUUCGGAGUCAGAGCUUCAAUAAGAUCCCUCAGCGGACAGCCAAACUCAAUCUCCUCCUGGGGCUCUUCUAUGUUUUUGGUAUUACGCUAGCCCCCGCCGGGGCUCUCCCCAAGCUGUAACAGCAGCUCUAGUCAGGCCUCACAACUCAGUAUUAACGCCGGUUAACAGUGAUUGAUGUGGCUGGAUGAUGUGUUACAGACAGCGGGAAGAAUGGGGAGACUUUCUGGAGCUAAUGAUUGU